AUGUUUAGAGCAACCGAAAUACAUCUUUAUAAAUUGUAUAUUGAAAGAGAAUAAGCUUUCCAUUUUUUAACUAAAGUUGGGCAAAUGGAAAAUGUUAAUUUAGUCAAUUGUUCAACGAUUGCAUUUCAUGAGCAUGAUUAUUACAGGCAAUUAAAAAGAUGUGAUGAUAUUUAUAAUAAAAUUGGCGAGAUCUAAAGUCUCUUGCAUUUAUAUAAUAAAUAGAUACAUUAUUGUCCUAACUAUGCAGAAUUCAUAUAAUACAUUAAAAUAACUGAAGAUUAAGCAAUAAAAAUUGAAUAAGAACUAACACACAAAGUGCAAUUUAUUUUGAAUUAAUAGGCAAAUUUGCAAUAAAUUAUUGAACAAAGAAAUAAAUAUGAAGAAGAGAUGUAAAAAUAAGAUUUAAUUUAAGUGCAGUAAUAUAAUAUUGUAAGGACUUCAUAUUUAAGUUUUCAGGAAUUUAAUUAGGAUAUAUUGUUGGAUGUAUGAAUACUAAUGAUUCACUUAAAUUUAAUCGAAUUGUAUUUCGAAUCACAAAAGAAAAUGGAAUUGUAAAAUUUAAGAAUUUAAAUAAUAAAAGAACAAUAUUUACGUUGGUAUUUGCAAUAGGUAAACAUGAAAAUUUAAAAAACAAAUUACUUAAAAUAUGUGAAGUAAUUUAUAAUUUUAUGAAUUUAGGCUUUUAAUGUAUCAAUAUAUUAAUUACCUGAAGAAACUAAGGUAGAAGAUAAAAUCAUUUAAUUGUAGAAUGAGUUAGUUAAUUUGGAGAUUGUUAUCUAAACAACAAAAUAAGAAAUUGAUUAGCAAUUAGAUUUUUUCUCUGAUAUUUAAGCUGAAAAACUUUUAGAAUUGGAUGAGAUAUAUAAUAUUGGUUAUUGUUCAUAUAUAUGUGAAUUAAAAAUCAUUUUAGAUAUGA